AUGGCGAUAUCGAUUAGUAUUCCAGUCAUUGAUAUCUCUGGGUACCUAACAGGAGACAAAGCCGCAACAGCGUCUAUCGCCUCUUCAAUCUCGUCUGCCGCACAAUCACCAGGCUUCUUUCAAAUCACCGGCCAUGGCGUUCCUCAAGAAUUAACCUCGGGCAUGCUUGCACGGGUAGCAGCAUUCUUUGCUCUUCCAGCUGAGAAAAAAAUCGCGCUUCACAGAAAUAACUCACCCGCGCUACGAGGGUUCGAAACUGUUGGCGAACAGACGUUGGAAAGCGGGUUUGUAGAUUCCAAGGAAGGAUUUAUGAUUGGGCCCGAAAGGUCAGAGGAAGGGGCAAGGUUUCUACAAGGUCCGAAUCAAUGGCCUGCAGAGACGGACGUUGAGGGGCUGAAAGUGAGUAUGAUGGAAUACUUUGGCGAGAUGCAGAAUUUGAGCAAGAUUAUGUUCCGUCUGAUAGCUCUGGGGUUGGAAUUGGACGAGAAGUAUUUCGACGACUUUGUCGGCAGUAAGGAUUCCAUUACAAUGUGUCGAGCACAUAGAUAUCCACCGGCAACUGAGGAAAUGUCCAAGAAUUCCAGGGGAAUAGGCGCUCAUACUGACUUUGGUGCCUUGACUCUACUGCUACAAGACAAAAUUGGUGGAUUAGAGGUCUUUUAUCGACCUACUGAGACUUGGCAUAUUGUUGAGCCGGUGGAGGGUGCAUUUGUUGUGAAUAUUGGUGAUAUGCUGGAACGAUGGACGAAUAAUCAUUAUGCCUCUACCCUUCAUAGAGUAAUGUCUCCCGUGAGCAACCAGAAUCGAUACAGCGUGGCCUUCUUCAACGAAGGGCUUCUCGAUCAGAUGAUUGAAUGCAUUCCGACUUGUUUGAAGCAUGGUCAAAAGCCACUGUACGAGCCAGUGAAGGUGGAGGACCAUUUGCAACAGCGGUACGGAAAUAGUUAUCAAUAA